AUGGUUGCAGACGUGGAUGAAACCUCGCCGUUGAACCCAUCCGCCCCAGAGAAUCGCAAUGGGGGAGCCUCCUAUCAAAGUAUCGCCAAGGCCACAGGCCAGCCGUCUGGGGAUGUUGCCGGCGACGAGGAGAGCGCGACAGCCUCUCCGCCAGCCGUCGACCAAGGCUCUAUCCGGACCAUCGUGGCCGUUCUGCUAGUUGGGGAGUUUAUAUCCAACGCAGACAGCACCUUGGUCAUGGCCACGACCGGCAAGAUCUCCUCCGAGUUCAAUCGACUGCAAGACGCUAGUUGGCUCUCUACUGCCUACACGCUGGGGGUGUGCGCCGCACAACCUAUGUAUGGGAAGUUGAGUGACAUCUACGGCCGACGGCCUCUCCUUCUUGCCGCGUACGCUCUAUUUGCCACGGGCUGCCUGGCGUCUGGAAUGGGACGAGAUCUCUGGACAGUCAUCGUCGGUCGCGCCGUGAGCGGGAUUGGGGGUGCCGGCAUCAUGACCUUAGGAUCGAUCAUCAUCACAGACACGGUGCCCCGGCGGGAGGUCGCUUCGUGGAGAGCCUACAUCAACAUCUUCAUGACUCUCGGUCGCAGCCUGGGUGGUCCCGUCGGAGGGUGGCUGACCGAUGCGGUUGGAUGGCGCUGGCUCUUCCUGCUUCAGCCUCCCUUUAUCGUGCUGGCCGCGGGUUUGGUCCUGGCGAAACUGAAGCUGUCGGAUCGGAAAUCGUCGAAAGGGUCGAUUCGCCGGGUGGACUUUCUGGGGACUGCCCUACUCGCCAUUUCGAUCGUGGCCGUCAUCGUCCUUCUCGACCGCGGCGGGCAUGCGUUCCCCUGGGCCUCGUGGACCACGAUGGUGCUCGGCAGUGCCGGACUGAGCGCCCUGGCGACGUUUGUGUGGGUCGAGAUGCGCGUGGCCUCGGAGCCCAUUUUCCAUCUCGACAUCCUGCGCCGCCCCAACGUGGCGUCCAGCUAUCUCAUCGGGUUUCUGCAGAUCGCGUCGCAGCUGGGCAUGUUAUUCUCCGUGCCGCUCUAUUUCCAAGUCACCCAGCGGGCCUCGGCCACCGUCGCGGGCGGUCACAUGGUCCCCGCGGUGGUGGGCAACACGUUCGGGGGCUUGCUGGCCGGCGCAUUCAUCCGACGAACCGGUCGAUACAAGACCCUGCUGGUCGUCGCCGGAUUGGUGGCGUCUAUCUCGCACGUGCUCCUCCUGGUGCGAUGGAACGGAGCCACGGGGGCGUGGGAAUCGCUUUAUAUCACCCCUGGUGGACUGGGAACGGGCAUCGCAUCCGCGGCGGCAUUCGUCAGCAUGACAGCUCUCCUGCAGCCUCAGGAGGUAGCAAUGGCGACGAGCGGCUACAUGCUUCUGGUCAGUCUCGCCAUGACCACCGGCGUGACCAUGACCAACACCGUGCUCGGACAUGGGUUCAAAUCGCAGCUGCAGCAUCACUUGCGCGGUGACGGGGCAGCCGAGAUCAUCCGCCGCGCCACUUCAGACACCGACUUUAUUGCUCGCCUCGACGGAAAAGCACGAGACAUUGUGGUAGGCUGUUUCGUGACUGGGCUCAAGAAUACUUACGUCAUCUCUUUGGUCUUCUCCAUCGUGGGCUCCCUUGUUGGACUGAGUGUUCGACAGCACCGACUGUAG